GAACGGCCAAUACUGCGUUGAAUUAUUACAAAUAAUUAAACUGCAUGUGAAAACGGAUAGAUAUUAGCUAUGGUAAAACCUAGCUACCAAAAAGGUGUCCGUUGCAGACGACCGGCAUUAGCUAGUGAUGCGAUCUGAGAUUUCCUCCCAUUCUUGCAGCGGCGUGUGCCAGGCAACGCCGCUGCAAAACGGGCCUGCGAAUGAAUGAAAAAUAGAAAAAUGUAGUCUCGCCACUCAUUUGAUUGCAUAGCUGCAGCGUUUUAAUCGAGGCAAGUCUACGUCAAAGCUUUUGUUCCGAUGCGGCGCCUUACAAGCAGGCUAUGCUAGCUGGGUUGCUUCUCGAAAGAACAAAACGCUGAAUUCUGGAGAAUCGGGAGCUCGGCGCUGGGAAGACAUCGAUUAAUCCUGUCAUUGUUCGUUAUAUCUGGUAUAACUAACGUGUCGUGCUACUUUCUAGACAGGCUAAAGAACGUAUCAAAGUCGGCGAAGUAUUUCCUUAGUAAAACGGUAUGCAAUUUCACCGCUGUCAGGCGUCUUCCACCGUUGGAGUUCGCUCAGGCUGCACCUAACCAGUACUGUUUAACAACUUCUCGCUCCUGGAGCAGUGCACGGAGCCCGCACAGGUGGCCGUAGAUCUUCAGCUGCAAUGUGGAAAACAUCAGCCGUGUAUUAACGGAGUGAUCCAGCAUGACUGCUUUGAGGCAGAGGAAGGGAAACAAAGGGAAGGACCCAGUCUCAGAGCCGCAGACCCAGCGGGCAGAUCGUGCUGCUGAGGUCCCUGUGAAGCCAGCUCCUGCAGGUCCAUCGUGCUGGACGGCGUUGUGCGUUGUCACCGGCUCUACAGUGGCAGUCGGCUUGGGUCUGCUGUGCUGCAUAUAUGUGGCUACGCUUCAUGAGAACGACCUGUGGUUCUCCAAUAUAAAGGAGGUUGAGCGUGAGAUUUCCUUUCGGACAGAAUGCGGUCUGUACUACUCCUACUACAAGCAGAUGCUGAAGGCUCCAUCCAUACAGGAAGGUCUGUCUGAGCUAAUAAAUGACAACACUACAGAGGCUAAGAGGACCAUCAACAUUCUCCAGCGUAUGAAUAUCUACCAAGAGGUGUUGCUUAGCAUCCUCUACAGAAUUCUCCCUAUUCAGGCGUAUCUUGAGCCCAUAUAUUUCUACAUUUAUACCGUGUUCGCUCUGCAAGCGCUGUAUGUUCUGGGCCUCUUCAUCACCAGUUGGAUGCUGAGCGACUCCUGGCUGGCUGGGGUCCUCACUGGAGUCUGGUACAUUCUCAACAGAGUAGACACCACACGUGUGGAGUUCACCAUCUCUCUGAGAGAGAACUGGUCCUUGCCAUUCUUUGCCUUGCAAGUGGCUGCCAUCACCUGUUACCUGAGACCACCCCUAGGCUCCACCCACCAGAGGGUGCUGCUGUGGUUGGUGUUUGUGUGUACUCUCUGCUUCUGUCUAACAUGGCAGUUCAACCAGUUCAUCCUGCUGGUACAGGCCCUUCUCAUCUUUACACUCGACUCGCUGGACUUGCUCUUACCGGAGCAGGUGAUGGCGCUCUACCUGGUGCAGCUGCUUAGCCUGCUGUGCGUGUGGCUGCUGCAGUUCUGUAACUCCAUGAUCCUUGGCUCCCUCGUGCUCAGCUUCAUCGUGGCCGUGCUCUUCGUCAAACACUUCCAGAAGGGCCUGAAGACGGGAGGUCUUUUCGUGCGCAUCGCAAAGCUGGCUCUCCACACGCUUCUAGUGCUUGCACUAACUCUCAUCAUCAAUUAUUCAGCCAAGAAAAUCCUGAAGCUGAGGUCGGAUGAGCACAUCUUUAAGUUUGUAAAGGCCAAGUUUGGCUUGGGGGCUACAAGAGAUUUUGAUGCUAGUCUGUAUCUGUGUGAAGAGGCCUUUGGCUUGCUGCCAUUGGAUACAUUUGAGCGCAUGGCAGGCACCUUGCUGGUGUACCCGUACCUCUGCACCCUCCUCGUCCUGCUCGUCACUCUGGCCUUCAGUACCCUCACCAACCUCAGAGACGGCGGGACGGGGCGGGCCUCCUCGGGCCACGAAGAGGCGGCUUUCGUGAUGCGCCCGGACAUUGCCUACAAUCUCCUCCACACGGUCUUCUACGGCCUCCUGGCCUACUCCACCAUGAGGAUGAAGUACGUCUGGACUGGUCACAUGUGCGCGUUCGCUGCCUUCGGGGUUGGCGGGAAGGAGGUGUGGACCCUGUGUCUGAGAGUAAUCCACUGCAAUGCUAAAGUAAAGCUGAGGCUGAUCAGGUACUCUGUUCCGACCGUGAUCCUGGUGUUCCUUUAUUACAAGUUCUGGCCCAAAAUCUUGGAGGAACUUUCUGAGCUGAGGGAAUUUUACGACCCGGACACCGUGGAGCUGAUGACAUGGAUUAGCUCCAGGACCCCCACGCGUGCUGUGUUUGCGGGCAGCAUGCAGUUGCUGGCUGGCAUAAAGCUCUGCACUGGCCGGGUCCUGACCAACCACCCCCACUACGAGGACCAGGCCUUGCGUGAGAGGACCAGACAGGUGUAUCAGAUCUAUGCGAGGCAGUCUGCUGAGGAGGUUCACCGCCUCCUGCUCUCUGCAGGAGCCGACUACGUCGUGCUGGAGGACAGCAUCUGCUAUGAGCGCCGCCAUAGUCGCGGAUGCAGGCUACGUGACCUGCUUGACCUGGCCAACGGACAUAUUAUGGAUGGGCCUGGAGAGAACGACCCCGACCUGGUGCCCGCCGCUUACCCGCGUUUCUGCCAGGCCGUCAGGUCGGGCGAGCCUCCGUACUCCAGCCUCUUCGCCCGCGUCUUCCGCAAUAAGACCUUCCACGUCUACAAGCUGAAGAAAGCAAAAGAAAAAAAGUAAGGCAGUCGCGUAGCUGCCGGCCGGCUGCCCGGUGUGGCGUUGGGGGCGCCUGUCCGGGUGUUUGGACAGCCGCCUGAUUGGGCCAUGCAGGCAGAUGAUGUUAGGAUGGUUCUGAGACUCUCCCUCCAAUCUAAAGCAGCAAGAGUUCAUGUUUAAAUGAGACCGAAAGCGAGAGAUGAAAAACAUCGUCCCUUUUCCCUCUCCCUCCCGCUGGUCUUUCUCCAUUUUUCAUUUCUUUGCACUCACCAUCCCUUGACACGUGCUACAAACUCCCAUGUUUAUACACACACACACACACACACACACACAUAUAUAUAUACACACACAGUAAAUUAAAUGCUAAAUUAAAAUGCUGAAAGAAACUUGUUUUUUUUCUUCUCCUGGUUCCCACUUCUCCUACCCCCCUUGCACACAUGAACCUGAUUUUGUGUGUGUGUGUUGGGGGGGGGUGUCAAAUUGGGAGGGGAGAAUCCCUUCAUUACAGGGAUAUAUGAAUGUAUUUGAACCUUUGGGGGUAAUUAUUGUCUAACCCUGCGUUGUCUUUACAUCUGCCAAGCCAUUUGGCCUGUGCUGUCUCUGGCUUCCUGUCCCAGAGACAUUGCUGUGUGGAUUUUAAUGAGGGCGCAUUCUCAUGAUUGCGACCACAAACGGAGACCAGCUGCUCUUGGCCUCUUCGAACAACUAAUAAGAGCAAACCUUGGUAACAGGCAAGGCAAAACUGCUGUGGCUUUCUCACAGCUCCAGCGCCGUGAACACUGCUGAUUUGUUCGGAUUAAUUAAUGAUGCAGUGUAAUUUAGUGCUUGGCACAUCGUCUUCACUGGUGGAGGAAUAACAAUGGAUGCUUUUUUUUCUUUUGUGUUUUUUUUUUUUUUUUUACUUUGUGAGCUCAAUUAUUCAGAAACACAGUUCCUCAUUUUUUUUUUAAAGGGAGUAACAUAUUCUGUUACAUUUGUUUCAGCAAAUUGAAUUACGGCGCUUGUUCGCACAGUGCUGAGAACCCUCCUUCUGUAGUGGGUGAUGUAACGUGCUAAGUGUUCUUCAGAAGAGGUGAGCGUGUGCAUACAGUGUUGCUUCCCUUGUUCCUGUUUCAUUAAGGUCUCCGUGAAUGAGUUGUGCGCCAGUGCCUUACUGAUCUCCGGUUAGCCUGGGUGAGUUCAACCAAGCUUUUACAGAGCUCAGAGCUGCACCUUGAGGAAUCGUCUCGACCGAAUUUUUAUUAAAGCAUUUUUCAAGCUGUUUCAGACCCUUAGCACUACUGAAAUUUAUGUUUCAUGGGUAGGACUAUCAUGCUCUAAAUCCCAUUCUUUGAUGUUCUUUAGAGUGUCUGUACCCAUAACUCUGAAAAGAAUUGCAGUGGAGUAUACGUGUACAUAGGCUCACUUGGGCAUUAAAAAAAGGGAACAUAACUCAUCUUAAGCCUGAUGUGUUGGUGGCACGAGGCACCUGUGACCCGUGUUGCAUAUGGCAUCGUCCUUGACGGAGUGUUCCAAUCGAACUACGUUUGUUGUACAUUUACUGCACGUUUUCCUUUUUGAUUCUGAUGAGGUUAAAGAGAUUACGCAAAAAUGACAGUCCUCGGCGGUUGCUGACUGGUCUGUUGUCAGUAGAGGAUAUAAA